AUGCUUAGAUCUCGUUCUGUAGUACCCACAAUUGUAAGAAAUUUUGCCUCAAAAAAAGAACUUCCAAAGAAAGGUCUUCCAAAUGUUGUUUUUGUUGAUGGUGUCCGGACGCCUUUUGCUGUUUCAGGGACAGUUUUUAAAGACAUGAUGGCGGUUGAUUUACAAAGACAUGCUCUUAAAUCAAUUGUUAGUAGAACAAAAAUUGAUUUUUCUGACAUUGGACAUAUUACUUGUGGUACUGUUAUUCAAGAACCAAAAACCUCAAAUGUAGCGAGAGAAGCUGCUUUAACUGCAGGUUUUCCAUCCAAAAUUCCUUGUCAUACAGUAACAUUGGCAUGUAUUUCAUCUAAUGUAGCAAUGACCGAUAUUGCAACAAAAAUUCAAACUGGGUAUUGUGAAGCUGGAUUGGCCGGAGGUGUCGAAGUAUUGUCUGAUGUGCCAAUUAGGUAUAACAGAAAAGCAAGAGCUGCAAUGUUAUCCAUAGGAAAAGCCAAAAGUUUGCCAGAAAAAUUGAAAUUAGGAAAAACUAUUCUUUCAAAUCUUCUUAGCCCUGAAUUACCAGCUGUUGCUGAAUAUACAACAGGAGAAGUUAUGGGAACAAGUGGUGAUCGUCUUGCAACAGCUUUCAAUGUAUCUAGACAAGAACAAGAUGAUUUUGCUCUUAGAUCCCACACAUUAGCAGAUAAAGCUUUUAAAGAGGGUAAAUUAACUGAUAUUGCUCCAAUGUUUGUUGGUGGAAAAAAAUCUGAAACAAUAGAUUUUGACAAUGGAAUUAGAAUAACUCCAAUGGAGAAAUUAUCUAAAUUGAAGCCUGCAUUUAUUAAACCACAUGGAACUAUUACUGCUGGUAAUGCAUCAUUCUUGACUGAUGGCGCUUCUGCUGCUCUUCUCACUUCCGAAGAGUUUGCCUUAAAAAAAGGAUUCAAACCAAAAGCUUACAUUAGGGAUUAUCUUUAUGUCGCUCAGGAUCCAAAAGAUCAACUUCUUCUUUCUCCUGCAUACGUUAUUCCUAAACUUUUAGAUAAAAAUGGUCUUUCCAUAAAUGAUAUAGAUGUUUGGGAAAUUCAUGAGGCUUUUGCUGGACAAGUUCUUGCUAACUUAAAUGCUAUGGAUUGUGAAUUUUUCUGUAAAACAGAAAUGAAAAGAAAUGGCAAAUUUGGUCGUCUUCCAAUGGAAAAAAUAAAUCUAUGGGGAGGAUCAUUAUCAUUAGGCCAUCCAUUUGGAGCUACAGGUGUAAGACUUAUGUCCCACGCUGCAGGUCGUCUUAAGGCAGAAGGAGGUCAAUUUGCUGUCAUUGCAGCUUGUGCCGCCGGAGGCCAUGGUGUAGGCAUGCUUGUUGAAACUUAUCCUUAG